AUGGGCGAGUCAGGGCUGGAGGGGAUGAGCCGGCGCCGCACCCUACAAGCCGGCAGGGAGCCAACACCUCGAGGUGCUCCAGAGAUGCCAGACGUCCAGCCAGGCAUGCAAGAUGAGAAACUACAGGACAAGAUAAACCAGCCUGUGGGCAAAGUAAUUGAGCGGAACCGACUUAAAACGGUAUUAAAAAACUUGUCCCUCUUGAAGCUAUUCAAGAGUUCGAAUAGCCGGAUCCAAGAACUCCAUAGGCUGGCCAGAAGGUGUUGGUAUUCAGUGCUCAGAGUUCCACAGAUCCUGCAAAUCUCUGCUAGGGACAAUGAUGUCUGCAAGAAAGUGAAAGAGAAGAAUGCAGAACUCCAAGAGGUUAGGGCCCUUGAGAAGAAACCAGACUAUAAGAAGGCAGAGUCCAUAAAGGAACCUAGGCAAAAGACAUCCAAGCAGUGGAAGCUCAAGCGAGGAUCUAAGGGGACACCUGCAGCAGUGACACGGAGAAAAACACAGAAAAAAUCUAAAGUCUCCAAGACGUCAAAGAGCCGAGGCUCGAGAACCAGAGCCCAGAAGAGGAAAGCAUACGUUAAGAAGCCCCGCGUCGUCUUCCUGAAGACCUACCAUCACAGCCUCCCCAUGGGGGACAUGAAGCCGCUGGAUAUAACUGACCAGUUGGUCUGGUUCGAGGGGCUCCCCACGCGCAUACACAUUCCAGGACGCCGGAUCAUGUGCAGAUCGUCCGCCCUACGCUGCUUCAAGCGUUCCUGCACCCGUUUCUGUUCUGCAUCACUUUGA